AUGGCCCCAAGGAGAGCCGUGUCGCUGUCCCUGAAGAAGCCUACCUAUGCAGUGUGUGUGGUGGGCACUGAGAUGCUGGUGAACGUCCACAGAGAUGUGCCUAGGGGUGCCAAGACCUUCAGGGUCUCUGCAAGCUCUAAGGUGGAGGUCUUAAUGGACUAUGAUUCCAGACGAGUGGCAGAACCCACAGGCAAAGCCCACUGGCCUCUGGAUGCCAACGUGGAUGUGGUCAUAUCCGUGGACACAGCCAGUAAGGAAUUAAAUGACCUCAAGGUGAAGGUGUCAUAUUUCAAGCAGCAGGAAGAGGAUCCCUUGGGCCACAGUGUGCUCUACCUGACUGCCGUGGAUAUUUCUCUCGAUGUUGAUGCCAGCCGCACAGGCAAGGUGAAAAGGCGCCGAGGGGACAAGAAAACCUGGCGCUGGGGCCCCGAGGGCCACGGGGCCAUUUUGCUGGUGAACUGCGACAAGGACAGCCGCGGGCCUGGGCAGCCUGAUCUGUACAGCAGCCAGCCGGUGUCCCUGGAUGACCUGCAGGACAUGUCCCCCAUCGUGCUGACCUGCGACGGCCCUGAUGAGCUCUUUGACAGACACGAGCUGAUCCUGAGCGUGUCCUUGCCUGACUCCAGGAGGGUGCGGGUCUUCUGUGCUCAGGGCGGAACUUCCAUCUCUGACUACAAGCAGGUGCUCGGGCCCAGGCACCCGUCCUACCAGGUGGAGCGGCAGCCAGGGGAGCGGGAGAUCAGAUUCUGUGCCGAGGGCCUCGCCUUUCCGGACACUGAAUUCCCAGGGCUGGUCUCCCUCAGCGUCAGCCUGAUGGAUACAGCGCCCCUGCCCGAGGUGCUUCUCUUCACAGACACUGUGACCUUCCGUGUGGCACCUUGGAUCAUGACCCCCAACACCCAGCCGCCCAUAGAGCUAUACGUGUGCAGUGUCACAGAUGCACAUGGCUCCAACGAGAAGUUUCUGGACGACAUGGCUUACCUGGCACUGAAAGCCAACUGCAAGCUGGUCAUCUGCCCCCGGGUGGAGAACCGCAAUGACCGCUGGAUCCAGGACGAGAUGGAGUUUGGCUACAUCGAGGUCCCUCACAAAUCCUUCCCUGUGGUUUUUGACUCCCCCCGGAACAGAGGCCUGAGGGAUUUCCCCUAUAAGAAGAUCCUGGGCCCUGACUUUGGCUACGUGACCCGGAAGCUCCUCUUGUCUGGCGCCUCCAGCCUAGAUUCCUUCGGCAACCUUGAUGUCAGCCCGCCCGUGACAGUGGGCGACACGGAGUACCCCCUGGGCCGGAUCCUCAUCGGUGGCAGCUUCCCCAAGUCCAGCGGGCGGCGGAUGGCCAAGGUGGUGCGGGACUUCCUGGCAGCCCAGCGGGUGCAGGCGCCCCUGGAGCUCUACUCAGACUGGCUGUCCGUAGGCCACGUGGACGAGUUCCUGAGCUUCGUGCCCACAUCCGACCCAAAGGGCUUCCGGAUGCUCCUGGCCAGCCCCACCGCCUGCCUCAAGCUGUUCCAGAAAAAGAAAGAUGAGGGCUACGGGGAGGCGGCCCAGUUUGCUGGGUUAAGACACAAGGCAAAGAGAAGCAUUAACGAGAUGCUGGCAGACAAACACCUCAGGAGCGACAGCCUCCACGUCCAGAAAUGCAUCGACUGGAACCGAGAGGUGCUAAAGCGUGAGCUGGGCCUGGCAGAGGGCGACAUCAUCGACAUCCCGCAGCUCUUCUCCCUGAAGGGUGCCUAUGCCGAGGCCUUCUUCCCUGACAUGGUGAACAUGGUGGUGCUGGGCAAGUACCUGGGCAUCCCCAAGCCCUACGGGCCGCUCAUUAAUGGCCGCUGCUGCCUGGAGGAGGAGGUGCGUGCCCUGCUGGAGCCGCUGGGCCUCCACUGCAUCUUCAUCGAUGACUACUUGUCCUACCACCGGCUGCAGGGCGAGAUUCACUGCGGCACCAACGUGCGCCGGAAGCCUUUUGCCUUCAAGUGGUGGCGCAUGGUGCCCUGAGCUGCUCCCACCUCGUGCUGUCCCCUCUGCCCCCUGCUGGGGAACCCUGCCCGGGCAAGGGUGAGGGCACACGCUGGCCUCCCUCUUUUGGGGGGUCCUUGGCACAUCCCCCCAGGUGCCUGCAAGCGUGCUGGCCACUGUGGGCACUGGCCUCGGGCAAUGGACGCCACCCUGCCUGGCCCAAGGACAACUGACCCCAUCUUCUCCUCUUCCUCUGCCACGGCACUAAGAGGUCCAAGGCCAGUAGCCUUCAUAUGUCCAAGCUGGCUGCAAAUGGCUCCCCCCAUCCAGAUGCCUCCAAGGGGCAUAGGAAGAGCGGCUUUGGGUCUGCACCAGGA